GCUGAGGACCAGCUUGACGGGAAACUUUUCCACAGCAAAGACAAACUAGGAGACGACACGGAGAUCAGCUGUCCAGCAGGAUCCAGAUGUCCAUUUUCUUUUGAGGCUUUCUCAAUCAAAACGCAGCGACACGCCCCAGCCUGCAUUGAUUCCAAAAACUGGGUUUAACUACAAAGGAACAAGGAAGAUUUAUCUCAGCCUUCUGCUUGAAACUGAUUUGUAUUAGACAGAUGACUGUAUAUGAUGAUUUUGUUGCCCAGCUGAAUUUUGAACAUUUUGCCACCCAAAAAUCCGAUUAAAACCAAAAUCUGUUGACUCAUAUUAGUGGAUAUUUCAUUGUAUCUGCAUGUAAAUUUUAAAUGUAGGGUCAUAUCUAGACAUAAAAGGCAAAUAUAUUGCACCUGGAUACAACAGUGCUACACAGUGCUAGCACAACAGUUCAUUUUAUUCUGUUAGACAGCUACGAAAGUGCUCGAACAUGGCUGCCACCAUGGCAGCGGCGGACAUCAUUGUUGUAGUUAUCUACUUCGCCCUGGUGCUAGCGAUUGGUUUCUUUGCCAUGUGGAAAGCCAAUAAGAGCACAGUGAGUGGCUACUUCCUGGCUGGGCGCUCCAUGAAUUGGGCGGCUGUAGGAGCAUCUCUAUUCGUCAGCAACAUAGGAAGCGAGCAUUUCAUUGGACUAGCUGGAUCAGGUGCUGCUAGCGGGUUGAGCGUGGCUGCAUGGGAAUUAAAUGCUCUGUUAUUGCUUCAGUUAUUAGGCUGGAUAUUUAUCCCUGUGUAUAUUCAGUCCGGAGUCUACACCAUGCCAGAGUACCUGUCCAAACGGUUCGGCGGGAACCGACUAAAAGUGUAUUUUGCAGCGUUAUCUCUCAUCCUCUACAUCUUCACCAAGUUGUCCGUAGAUCUCUAUGCCGGAGCCUUGUUCAUUCAGGAAUCCUUAGGGUGGAACCUCUAUCUGUCAAUCAUCCUCCUCAUCACCAUGACAGCUUUGCUGACAGUAACUGGAGGUCUGGCUGCUGUCAUCUACACGGAUACGGUCCAGGCAUUCCUCAUGAUCGCUGGAGCACUCUGCCUCACGGGCAUCAGCCUCUUCAAAGUGGGAGGACUUGAAGGGGUGAGGACCAAGUACAUGCAGGCUGCUCCAAACAUCACUGCCAUCUUGCUGUCUUCAUCCAACCUGACAUAUUCUGAAUCCUGCCACCUCCACCUAAACCCAAAGCCAGAUGCUUUGAAGAUACUUCGAGGACCAAGGGAUCCAGACCUGCCCUGGCCUGGUUUCUUACUGGGCCAGACCCCAGCCUCUAUUUGGUACUGGUGUGCAGAUCAAGUGAUUGUACAGCGGGUUCUGGCAGCGAAGAACAUUGCCCAUGCCAAAGGCUCUACUAUCAUGGCUGGCUUUCUGAAAAUUCUCCCCAUGUUCAUCAUUGUCAUCCCAGGGAUGAUUUCCAGGAUCUUUUUUGCUGAUCAGUUGGCGUGCAUCAGCCCAAAGCACUGCAUGGAAGUGUGCCGUUCUGCGAGCGGCUGUAGCAACGUGGCUUACCCACGGCUCGUCAUGUUUGUGAUGCCCGUUGGUCUCCGCGGCCUCAUGAUGGCUGUCAUGAUUGCAGCUCUAAUGAGCGACUUGGACUCCAUCUUCAACUCCGCCAGCACCAUAUUCACAUUGGAUAUUUACAAGAUGCUACGAAAGCAGGUGUCAUCCAGGGAGCUGGUGAUAGUCGGCAGGUGUUUUGUGGUUUUCAUGGUAGUCGUCAGCAUUGCCUGGGUGCCGGUCAUCAUCGAGAUGCAAGGAGGCCAGAUGUUCUAUUACAUCCAAGAAGUAACAGAUUACCUGACUCCACCAAUAGCGGCCCUCUUCUUGCUUGCCAUACUGUGGCGUCGCUGCAAUGAGACAGGUGCCUUCUGGGGUGGAUUGGUAGGGUUUGCCCUUGGAGCACUGCGUCUGAUUUUGGCGUUGGUUUACCGCGAGCCUCCCUGCGAUCAGCCUGACGAGAGGCCAUCUUUUAUCAAAGAUAUUCAUUUCAUGUAUGUGGCAGCCAUCUUGUUUUGGGUCUCAGCCUCUGUGGUUGUGGUUGUGAGUCUCUGCACUCCUCCGCCCAGAAAAGAACAAAUCCUAACCACUACCCUGUGGGGGUUAAACAAGAGACGGAGACAAAAACAGCAAGAAAAAGAGGAAGCUGGAGAAGAUGUCAUUGCUUUGAAGCCUCUAAACCAUGGAAUCCUAAAUGGAAACAGUUUGCUCAGCAAAGAGAAGUGUCACGACAAUCUAGACGAGCUCAAUGGCAUUGAGGCCGGUCAUGAAAAUGCUCAACCAAGCAAUGGUCAUACUAUCACAGCCAGUGAAAAAGAAACACACCGUCCAAUCCCGAAUGGUUGCCACUUACAUAUUUCUGACCCUAAAAUGGUAGAAGAGGAAGGAGGGAGAGGAGGGAGGGUUGGAGAGGAGGAAGAGGAAGGCUGCCUUGGAGGAGGGAGGAGGAGGAGGGAGGAGGAGGAGGAGGAGGAGGGAGGAGGAGGAGAGAGGAGGAGUAGAGGGUGGGAGGUGUUUGAAGCCUUUAGAGUGUUUCUGUGGCUUCCAGGAGAAGCCGUCCGAAGCUCCGGUCAUUACAGUCCAGGAACAGGAGAAGAUCUUGGAUGAGCUUCUCCAUGAACCUCCCCUAACCAGAAUCAUUCUGAACACGGGACUGGUGGUGAUUUGCUCGGUCGGGAUCUUUCUCUUUAUCUAUUUCUCCGUAUAGGCUUCUUUAAUUCCAAGCAGUGGGACACGUUUGUCCAUAAACUACAAGUGGGAAUGGUCUACAGGGAAGCUAUCCUUCAGCUUUCUCUUAACUUUGAAUUAGAAAAGGGCAUGGUAAACUGGAAAACUGCCAAUUUUUCUAAUGAAAACAUUUUUGUCAAAUUGUAAUUUAGAUGUAAAAGGCCUCCUGGAUACACAGUAAAGGCUUCUUAUCUUCCUUAUUUCCCUGCAAAAUUGGAUUUGGAAGCCUUAGUAGGUUUGUAAUAUGCUCUGGAUUAGGCUGAGAACAAAUAAGUACUUUAUGGUAGAUUAUGAAAUGUCUUUGCUACACCCCCAAUGUACAGAGGCUCCGUCCUUGCCUCAGCGGCCGUGGGUUCGGUUCCGACCCGCGGCCAUUUGCUGCAUGUCCUUCCCCCUCUCGCUGAUGAUUAAGACUAAUUGAUGCAGCCGCCUCAGAUCAGACACCAGAAACAGCACUUAGUUUGAAGCACAAAAACCCUUUUUUAGGAGACACCUGUUGUGAACAUAAUCUUUAACUACUGUCUCAUAAGCUCCACUGAAUGAAUUAAAGUAUUCCUCUUUUUAUGGGUAACAACCGGGAACCCACACAAUACUACAGAGGUUAACAAACCCCCGCCUUUAGGACAAACAGUAACUGCAAAUGUGUUGUGGCAGUAUAGAACCCAAAACUAUGUUAUACUAUAAAAUUUGAGAACCCCAACGUCCACAUCUGCAUGCACUUCAUCAACAUUAACAUUCACAUCAUCUCAUCCAUGACACACAGAAAUAUAGUAUUAUAUUUUUAUAUAUUUAUAAUUAUAUCGUUUUAUUUCAAGGGUUGGUCAUUCUCUACACACACAAGUGUAAUGCCUUGUUAUUGUACACAAUGCACAUCAUACAUAUAUGUAUGAUGUGUAUGUAUGUACGUAAGUACUGCUCAACAAAGUGUUGAAAAGUUGUAUAUGCUGUAUUAUAGCUUUUUAAUUUUUUACACCUAUUAUAGAACUCAGAGGGUGUCUUCCACUCACAUGGCUUACAUUUCUCAUUAACACAAUUGUGAUAGUAUGGUGUUAUUUUAUUAAUUUGCAAGAACUGACGCUUGAUUUCAGAUGUGAAGAAGGGAGUUUGCUCUUUCCUCCUCUUCUGGAUUGAUCCAGUGAAUAUCAUUGUGUUAAUGUAAUUCUUUUACUUCACUCCAUGAAGUUUAGAAAAUAAUCUAUUCAAGAUAAACUGAGUCCAAAUAACUUGAGUGGUAUUUGUCAAUGUGGCUAUUGUGAAAAUUAUUAAAGUUUCCUUGGCUGUAAAGUGCUUGUACAGGUGCACUGUGGGAUUCCUUUGCCACAUGUGUUUAUGAAGAGGUCAUGACAUUAAAA